AUGGUUUUGGAAGCGACAACUUCUUAUGAUUGUUCGAUAUGGCAUGCUUUUUUCGGACUUCCGGGUUACAACAACGAUAUCAAUAUCUUGCACAAAUUAUCAUUGUUCAAAGAAUUGAAGUACGAAAAUACUCCAGCUGCCAAUAUCACCAUCAGCGGCAAUCAGUAUAACAUUGGCUAUUUUUUGGCGGACGGGAUUUAUCCAGCAUGGUCAACUUUAGUUCAACCUUACGAUGAGAUGCUUAUAAACGGGGAAUAUGUCCGUGCUCAACAGUUGUUUAACAAAAAACAGAUAGCAUGUAGGAAGGAUGUGGAACGAGCAUUUGAAAUUUUUAAGAGAAAGUUCCAUAUAAUUUGUGGAUCAUAUCGUUCGUUUAAACCAAUAGAAAUGAAUAGAAUUAUGCUCGCCUGCAUUAUUUUCGACAAUAUGGUAAUCGAGGAAACUCGACCGGAUAAAAGCUGGGUUGAUUAUCCAGAUAAAGAUUUGAGGAAAGAAGUUCAACCCGCCUGGGGUGUGCCUGCAAGAGAGUAUAGAAUGGUGGAAGAGAGAAUUCAAAACAGAGGUUUACAUUUAAGACUAAGGGAGGAUCUCACAGCUCACUUUUGGGAUGGUUUUGGAAGAAGAAACCUUCACAAGAUUUAG